AUGCAAAACGGCAACAUCCUCCAAAUCCCCUUCCGCCGCACUCACAGCCUCCGCCUCUCAGAAGCCAUCCGACAAUACAUCUCCACCAAAUACGACCAGCACCCCGACACCUUCGCCCGAGACUUGGAGAUCAUCGACCAGCUGCGCAAAGAUGCCGUCAAUUCGUUGGAACCGCACAGCAGCGGGGCGAAGAGGAUCGAGCAGUAUGCGGCGCAGUUGGUGUGGAUGGGUGGGAAGUUUCCUGUUGAUAUAGGCGCAGACUUCACCUGGUAUCCCGCUCUCGGGUAUAACACCAACCGCGUGCAUACCGAGAACAACAUCCGCUUCGAACUCGCCAAUGUCCUGUUCAACCUCGCUGCGAUGUACUCGCAGUUGGCACUUUCCUCGAAUCGAUCGACGAGUGAUGGGCUCAAGAGCGCGGCGAAUUAUUUCUGCUCGGCUGCGGGCGUGUUCAAACACUUGCGAGAGAAUGUCAUCCCCGACUUGAGAAGUGCGCCGCCGGAAGAGAUGGAUGCGCCGACGUUGGAGGCUUUGGAGGCAUUGGUGCUCGCGCAAGCGCAGGAGUGUUUCUGGCAGAAAGCGGUGAAGGAUGGGAUGAAAGACGCCACGAUUGCGAAACUCGCGGCGAAAGUCAGUGAUCUGUACAACGACGCGAACGAGUGGUCGUUGAAGACGGAUAGUAUACGGAGCGAGUGGAUCCACCAUAUGAAUGCGAAACACCACCAUUUCGCGGCCGCGGCGCAGUACCGUGCUGCGUGCGAUGCGCUGGAGAAGAGGAAGUACGGGGAAGAGGUGGCGAGGUUGAGGGAUAGUUUGAACUGCGUCAAGAUUGCUCUGAACGAGCCGGGGAUCAAUACGGCGGUCAAAGGGGAUUUGAAUGGAUUGAAGAAUCGGGUGACGGAGGAUUUGAAGCGGGCGGAGAAGGACAACGAUACGAUCUAUCUCCAGCCGGAGCCUUCGAAGAGCGAGUUGAGGGUGCUGGAUCGGGCGAGUAUGGUUACGUCGAGGGUGCCGAAGGAGGUGUCGAAUUCGCAGGAGAUGCUGGGGGAGAAGGGCGAGUUGGGCAAGCCGUUGUUUGCGAAACUUGUGCCUUACAGUGUGCAUGUGGCCGCUUCGAUUUAUGCGGAUCGGAGGGAUCGGUUGGUGAAUAAUACGAUUAUUGCGGAGUUGGAGGCCAUGACGCAGAGGAUCCAUGAGUUGCUUUCGAGUUUGAAUUUGCCGGGGUCGCUGCAGGCGUUGGAGAAGCCUCUUGGAUUGCCGCCGGGAUUGGCGAGUCAUGCCGAGGAGGUUCGGCAGGCGAAUGGGGUGCACAGACUUCAUGCUACGAUUGCGGAUACCGAGAAGCUCAAGGCGAGCAAUCGUGUUCUGUAUCAGGAGGGGAUCGAUCUUUUGAGGACGGAGGCUGGGGAAGAUGAAGCAGCGAGGAGAAAAUAUGGCACGGAUCGAUGGUCUCGACAGCCUGGCAGUGAAGUCGUGCCGAAGCUAUAUCAGCAGAUCAACGAUAUCGAUGGAUACUUGAAGCAAGCGGAUAAUUCUGAUAAGCUUGUGCAGCAGAAGCUGAAGGAGAAUGAAAGCUUGAUUCGAUUACUGGGCGGCACGGAUCGGGAUCUGGAAGAUUAUGUCCCUUCGAGUAGGAGGGCGACGAUGACGGCGAAAGUGGAACGAGAGGCGAAUGCGUUACGAGCGUCGCUGAACGAGGUCAGUCGGCUUGAGAGUCGGCGGCGGAAGAAAGUCGAAGCCUUGCGGAUGAAAGCGAAAGAAGAUGAUGUGAACCCCGACUUACUCAAAGAAGCCAGCAGACUGGAGCGCGAAUACCCCAUGAUGCCCGUGCAAGCCUCGCAAUUCGAGAACCUCUUCGACGAACGUCUGAAAAAAUACGACACCGACCAACAAGAUCUCAAGCGCGAAGAAAACGAACAACAAUCCCUCCUCAACCGCGUCACCGAAACCAACAUCUCCUUCCAAGCCGCCAAGCGCGGCGACACGUCCUCGAAGGAGCGCGAAACCGCCCUGCAGAACCUGGAAAACGCGUACACGGCUUACAAGGAGAUCAUGCGGAACCUCGACACGGGCCGGAAAUUUUACAAUGACCUCGCGGCCAUCACGACGCGGUUUCGGGAUGAUUGUCGGAAUUUCGUGUAUAGUCGUCGGAACGAGGCGCAGAAUUUGGAGAGUGAUGUUAGUACGGCGAUGGCGAAUUUGAGGUUGAGGGAGAGUACGCAGAGGGAGUUGUUGAGUCAGAAGGAACAGCAGCAGGCGCAGCAGCAGAGGGGUUCGUCGUCGAGGAUGGUGGUGGAGGAGCCGAUUCCGGCGCCGACGCCCCAGAGGGUGCAGAUGCAGGUUCCGGCGGGGGUCGCGGGGGUGCAGAGUCCGGGGCCUGGAGCGGCGACGACGUGGCAGGAGGGGAUGCCGAUUGUUUUUGGGGGUGGACAGCAGCAGGGGGGUGGGAGUGGAGGGGGAGGGGGAAGUGGGAAGGGCGGUGCUCCUGGUGGGGCGAAGACUUGGGAUCCGAGUUUGGGGGUGCAGUUUGGGCGGUGA